CUGCUACCAGUGCAGAUGUUGACAGAGCUCGUGCAGUGCAGCAGCAUCUCCGCGGUGUACACCAUAAGCCGGACUGUUUUGAAAGAAGAGCCCGUCAAAUUACACUUUCACCAUGGGGAAAGUUGAAGGCGGGAUGAAAUGUGUGAAAUAUCUCCUCUUCGUGUUCAACUUUAUAUUCUGGUUGAUGGGCUCGCUGGUUCUGGCUGUGGGCCUCUGGCUCAGACUUGAUCCACAUACUGUGUCUCUUCUCGGAGAAGACGGACCCGAAACCUUCUUCAUCGGGGUCUAUAUCCUCAUCGUAGCCGGAGGUCUGGUGAUGCUGGUGGGCUUCUUCGGCUGCUGUGGUGCCGUGAGGGAGUCUCAGUGCCUUCUGGGAUUGUUUUUCGCCUGUCUUCUGGUCAUCUUUGGAGCAGAAGUUGCUGCAGGAGUGUUUGGGUUCCUCAACAAAGACGAGAUCAUUAGGGAAGUAAAACAGUUCUAUGACGAAUCAUCAGUAAACAACGGCAGUAAUGCAACCAUCCAGUCCUACCAUUUAAUUUUGGACUGCUGUGGCUCACCUUCAACACAAACCAGUUUGUGUCAAGACGUCGUAUCAAACCAGACAUGUCAUGAGGCCAUUGAAGAGUUUUUCAACAGUAAGCUCUUCAUCGUGGGUUAUGUGGGGAUUGGAAUCGCAGGAGUCAUGAUUAUUGGCAUGAUCUUCAGUAUGGUCCUAUGCUGUGCAAUCCGGAACAGCAGGGAGGUGAUCUAACACAGUCUUCCUCAUCUAGACAUGACCUUUCACCUUUGACACUUAACCUUUGCUGGACUUGCAUAUACAACAGUAACAUUUCAACCAAGCUCAAGGUGUUCUUCUGCCACUCAGGAGCCAAAAACAAACUCCACUUUCAUAAUCCUGUACACUUCAACCAACUAAUGGUCAGUCCAGCCUUGUUGUUUAAACUCUGUCAGAUUGCUGGAUUGUCUUUAUUUAAUGCCUGCUGGUUGGGUGCAGAACUGGAAGUUUUAAUAUCAUUUAGAUUUUGACUGCCAUUUUGAUUUUCUGCGAGAGUUUAGGUAUUGUUGCUAUUCCAGGCUGUUGCUGCGUGGCUUCGCAUGUCAGAUAAAAAUAUUGUGUAAUGUGAUGCCAGGGGUUCUGUGGCAAACCCAUGGCCGAGAAGAAGACCCACAGAUGCCUUUCACUUUGCAUUUGUACACAAACAAAGUAGUCUUCUACGUCACAGACAUAUUUCAAACGCAAACAAAUGCUUACCUAAGGAUCAGAAAACUCAAAUGUUGGUGAUCUUCAGAAGAAUCCUUGUAUCCAUAUCAUACAGUAAACCCUCUUGAAUGGAAAGUUCACCUAAAACUUAAAGUUUUAUAACCAUUUACUCACCCUCAUGUUGUUCUAAACCUGUAAGUAUGGAAGCCUGUUUCUGUCACUGAAUAAAAAAAAUGUAAAUAAUAAUUGCAACUUUUUCUCUCGCUAUUUUAACUUUUUUUUUCUCAGAAUUGUGAAAUAUAAACUCACAUUUCUGAGAAAUGAAGUCAGAAUUGAGUAGCAAUUCUGAGAAUUCUUUUUUUUUUUUUUUUUUUUUUUUGUCUUCUCAGAACUGGACUUUAUACUGUAACUCCCAGUUGCGAGUUUAUAUCUCACAGUUCUGAGAAAAAACUCACAAUUUCGAGAACAAAGGUCAGAAUUGCAAGUUUAUACACUCUUAAAAAAUAAAGGUGCUUCACAAUCCCAAAGAAGAAUCUUUUUGUCUGAGUGAUUCCAUAAAGAACCUUUAAUAUCUGAAGAACCUUUCUGUUUCACAAAAGGUUCUUUGUGGUGAAAGAAGGUUCUUCAGAUUAUAAAAAGGUAAGAAAGAGAUGGUUCUUUAAAGAACCUUUGACUGAGUGGUAC